AUGGAACCUAGACUAUGCGCAAAGCCCCAACACGCAUGCCAGAUGCAGAGAUCCUCAACACAGCUCAAUGGACCAGGACAGAUGCCGAAACCAAAUGUGCAGCAACCCACAUGGACGAGAGGGUCUUCCACGACCAAGUACCAGGGCCACGGAACCCACGAUGGGGAGACGAUCUUCCGCCUUCGGAUACCCUGCCUGAAAGCCCUUGACACAUCGCCGGAGAUCCUCAAAGAGUUGAGAAAGGUCGCCCCGAAAUUCCCAAAUGACUUGCUCACCGACGAGGGCCUCCUGCACGCGCACCUCGUCUGGUAUGAUUUCAUUCAGGCCCCAGAACUGAAUCAGGAGAGAUUCAUCGAAGAAGCGCGGAAGGGUACGAGGAGGGACUCGGUAGCAUGGACCGUCCCAGUAGCCGACUUGGUGGAGUGCAUUCUGGCAUGGCCUCACUACCUGAGGUGGACGGCUUGGAGUACCAUCAUUUUUUUUUCGAUCAAUGCAGAUGAUCUUGGGCCCUUGGAGCGCGCCAGGGAUGGAGAGAGAGGUAGCGGCAGGGCCAACCCGGGCUGCAGGCUCAAUGAAUCCUUCCUUGGUGACCAGGCAUCGGGAACUAUCCUUGUUGGCAAAGAUCAACUGCUCGCCAAGUCCUUUUUAUGGUGGACUGUGAUUCUACCACGAAUUACACCAGAUGAUGUUCGCCAGUUGACAUUCUCGGCCGCUAUCGUGCACAAGUCCUACGUGGCCUUGAUUCUUUCUGGCCCUCAUCUCGCCUGA